GUAUUGCGUUUGGACGGCCACGGACUGUGGUAGUGAAACGACCUCGACCAUUGACUCAGGCAGGCAUUGACUAGCGCAUCCCGCCUCGACACGCCCUAGCUAUCCGUCAUCCAGACAUCCAGGUGGCCACAGCCCAGGUCCCAUCCGGGUGCCCGGCCCUUGGAACCGUGUUUCCUGGCCGAACCUCGACCUAAACUGGUGGGAACUACUUUCUUUCCCCCUGGUGUCGGCCGGUGGGCUGAGGCUGAAUGGGCCAGAGGAGCUAGCUCCGAACAAGGGAAUCUCUUUCUCUUUGUAUCUCUGUGUUUCUCUGUGUUGGAUUGAGUCACCGCGGCCAGUCCUAGUAUCCCUUCCUCACUGACUCACUCACUCACUGUCUGUAUGUCUGUAUGUAUGUACUUUUUGGCUGCCAAGGAUUGUGUCUGACAGGGUUUUAAACCUCAGGUGGAUCUCGGAUCUCCCAAGAUGAGUGGACUCACUCAGGAACGGACCCGUUUGGCCCAGGAUAAUGAAUCACGGGUUAUGACCUUCGGAUGGAUGGGAUGAGAACCCACCUGAUCCGGUUCAGACCAAGCCAGCCAGUGAAAAGGAUGGUGACUAGGUGGCCAGGCUACCCUGGCAUCUUGAUGCCCAGCUCCAUGGGUGCAUUAUGAUCUGGCAUCUGGCCGUUGAUCUGUGUGAUCUGUGUGUGGCCCAGCCCUGUAAUCCCUUCUCUGCUUGAGUAGAAUCCACCCUCCCUCCCUUCCUUCCUUCCUUCCAUUGUCCCAUUCUCCCAGUCUCUCUCGUCGUCGUCAGCCUACCUCUAAUCGAGACCAGAAUGUUUUCAAGGCCAGAGCCUGUCCCGCCAUUUCCCCGUUUUUGCCCCUAGUUUUUGCCUUCGGUUCCGACGACCCAGCUGCGCCUCUUUUUUUUUAGCCCGUGACCCACUUUGAGGGAGUUUCUUGCCCCCGUUUUGGGCCGGCUACACUCGUGCUUGUCUUUGGCCCCCUUUUCGCUCGUCCUGUCGUCGUCGUGGUGGUCUAGCCCUUCGUGGGCGUGCCCUUUCGCUCCGGCGAGUGACGCGAACGUCUUGAUUGGACAGCCCGCGCGGGCCGGCUUGGCUCCGUGGUGCCAGGAUCGCCGGCGCCGCCGUUGUGCCCACCGCGACGUGCGCGGCCUUUGUUUGUCUUGUCAAUGUCUUCGACGCACGCGUCGCCUCCCAGGAAGCGGGUCAGGAGCUCAACCAACUCGGCCAUGAUCGGUGAUGCCCACGCCAGUUCUUCCGCCAACGCCUCGGGAGUCGGACCCACCAGUAGUGUGAACGCCCCUUCCACGGCUAAUCUGAGUGACAACGCGGGAAUCCUGGAGCAGCCCGGCAGUCCUCAUUCCGCCUCCGGUGGCGUGGCCACGGCCUCGUCCGCUGCGGCCAACACGCGGAGUAAGAUGAAGUUGAAGAGCAGUGGACGUCGCCACGGCGGGUCCAAUUCGAACAAUGCCAAUUAUUUGGCCGGAAACGCGUCGUUCGCGUCCAAUCCCGAGGAGGAGGACGAUGAUGACGAGUACGAGUCCUUGGAGGACGAGGGUGACAUUAAUGAGACGCUCUUGCGCAAAGUGCCCGUUCGCAAUCAGAAACUCACCGCCUCGGAUCGAGAGGUGGUCCGACUCAUCGGACAACAUCUCACUUCCAUUGGCCUUAAAACGAGCGCCGAAGUUCUCAUGCGCGAGGCCGGUUGCCGGCUCGACCAGCCCAGUGCCGCUGUUUUUCGCCAACAUGUCAUGCAUGGAGAAUGGGCCAUGGCCGUUAAAGCUUUGGAAUCUCUGAAGGCCCACUUGGAGAACCCCGCCAAAAUGGUCGAGAUCAAAUAUCUCCUCCUUGAACAGAAAUACCUCGAACUUCUCUCCCAGAAACGACAAGUAGAGGCGCUCAAGGUCCUUCAAACAGAGCUCACGCCCCUCAAUCACCGCCAGAAUCGAACUCACGAGCUCUCCACGUAUUUGAUGCUGUCCAAGGCCGAAGACAUCUCACGGGUCACCCGUUCUGUACGGGGUGGGGAGCUUUCGGGCAUGGACCUCAUGGAACGGCUCCAGUCUUUCUUUCCGGCUAGUGUGAUGCUACCACCCCGCCGCCUUCAUACCCUCCUGUCGCAGGCCGCCGAGUUCCAGAUCGAUCGGUGCCUGUUCCACAAUUCAUCCUCUGUGCUCAACUCGUUCGAAUUGAGUGGAACUCGGAGUAGUAGUCAGUUGUCUCCCCUGGACUCGUCGUUUCUGGCGUUGGACCAUCAGUGCGAGAAGGAUAACUUUCCCCACGAGACCAUUCAGGUCCUGGCCGAUCAUUGCGAAGAGGCCUGGUAUUGCAAAUUCUCCAGCGAUGGGCUUCGAUUGGCCACCGGCUCGAAAGACAUGACUGUGAUUGUGUGGGACUUCGAUCCGGAGACGCUAACCUUCAAGAAGCACAGAGUUCUCGAGCGGCAACCGCAAGGAGUGUCCUUUUUCGCCUGGAGUCCCGAUAGCACUCGAUUGGCAAUUUGUGGCAUUGAAGACUGCGACGAAAUUGUGAUUUGGAAUAUAGAUGGAUCUGAAGAGGAAAUCAGGGUGUCCCAAUCCUCACAAGAUUCACUGUCCAGCGUCUGUUGGUCCCCGGAUGGGUCAAAAAUCGCUUGCGGUGGGAACCGAGGCAAUUUUUAUCAGUGCAGCACUAUGGGAAAAACAAUUCAUGGGAAGGGAUUCGCGUGGUCUGUCUCCAAUACACACAGGACGGCAAGUCCAUUUUGGCGGCCGACACUCACCACCGAAUCCGAUCCUAUAAUUUUGAUGAUCUCACAGACUUCACCCUGAUCCAAGAGGAUCAUGGCAUCAUGAGCUUCACUCUCGAUGAAAUGGACCGCUAUGCCUUGCUCAAUAUAGCCAACCAGGGGAUUCACAUGUGGGAUAUUGAAUCUCGUAUUCUGGUCCGCAAAUUCGAGGGUGUCACUCAGGGAUUCUGCAUCAUCCACAGCUGCUUCGGCGGCCGAGACCAGAACUUCAUUGCCAGCGGUUCUGAGGAUAAGAAAGUGUACAUUUACCAUAAUAAGCGAGAAAAGCCCAUUUGUGUUCUGAGUGGCCACACGCGCACGGUCAAUUGUGUGGACUGGAAUCCCGUAUAUCCCAAUAUCGUGGUCUCCGCUUCCGAUGAUAGCACUCUUCGAGUGUGGGGCCCCUCGGCCGAGUUUCGCCGAUCAGCCCAAAGUGGAAACAAUAGUCGUCAGUCUAGCCAUUCCUCAAAUACCUCUUUGGCCGGAUCCACUGCUAGUGGCAACAAUCAAAACGGUUCAGUGUCCAAUGGGAUCGUCUGAUUGGAUCCACUGUCAGAGCGGGCACUCCACCUGCAGGGCUCUUGAUCAACGAAAACGUGAAUAUUGUCUGCGGAGACAAGUGAUUUUUCUACUCAUCAAAUUGUUACAUACCAAGGAGAAGUACAGAUCGCAUCUAGUGAGUUCCUCGUUCGUUUCCCAACCUUUAUGGGGAGGUCUUUGGACCGCGCGGUGGUGGGAGAACUGGAGAGAGUGAUCAAAACCCACGUCUACGGUGUUCUUUCAAGCAUUGGUGAAGUGAGACAGUGUGCCCUUGAGAUAGACUUAUUUAGUUCCUUGAGAAUUAGUUUUCAAUUAUUUCGGACUCAGAACUACGGAUCCAUUCGACCACCCAAAUAAUCAUGCGCGUGGGUGCGAUUUUCGUUUUCAGAAACAUCUCAGCGAGCGCUCUUGAAAACCAAGCAACCUCUCAACAUCCCGGAUUCCUCUCCUCUUUGAACAAUUAUUGAAUUACGUUCCUUCUUUUUAAUUAUGUACAAUCUACUUCCUCCUCUGACACUUCUCCUUUCCUUGUUUUUUCGCUGGUGAGCGCUUCACUUUCUUCUUUGAACGUUUUGAAAGGUAGAUGAGCGUUGAGAACAGAUCCUAGAUCCUUUUCAUCAUUGCCAUCGAUCCAAGAGAUUUUUCUAAGCAAACAGUUCUUGUACCCAUCCGCCGCAUUGUAUGACUUCUUGACGUGUUUAUAAACCACACCCACCCACUCUAAUGUCCAUUGUGGAGACUUUCAUAGAAUCCUUAUUCAGCAUACUUAUUAAACUGAAGAAAACUAA